AACGGCAACGAAGGGAGCAGUGGCGCAAGCAGAAGGGGAGGCGAGCAUACGCCGCAAACAGCGCAUUCCAUCUACUGAGUACUGAGCCGGAGGGGGAUUCCCACGCAGUUGAGAAGAGGGGACGUGAAAAGAGAAAAUGGUUUGCAUAACGUGAACGAGGACCGCCGAUUGACGGAGUAAAAUUUUAGCCAGCUGUAUGUAUUGGGAAAGUUACAUUUUUGGAGUUGCUGAGCGAUAUCACCAGGAUGCUACGCUGGAUACGGCAACAGCUGGGCUUUGCCCCGCCCCAUCUGAGUGACACAAGAACGGUUUACAUUGCUAACAGGUUUCCCCAGCAGGACCAUUAUGUGCCACAGAGGUUUGCAGACAACAGAAUCAUUUCAUCCAAGUACACCAUCUGGAAUUUUGUCCCGAAGAAUCUAUUCGAGCAGUUCAGAAGAAUAGCCAACUUUUAUUUCCUGAUCAUUUUUCUGGUCCAGCUCAUGGUAGACACACCUACUUCCCCUGUGACCAGUGGACUUCCUUUAUUCUUUGUCAUUGUUGUAACGGCUGUAAAGCAGGGUUAUGAGGAUUGGCUACGGCACAAAGCGGACAACGAGGUCAAUGGGGCCCCCGUGUUUGUGGUACGGAGUGGCAGCCUGGUGCACACCCGGUCCAAGAACAUCCGAGUUGGGGAUAUCGUGAGGGUGGCCAAAGACGAGACGUUCCCCGCGGACCUGGUCCUUCUGUCGUCCGACAGGCCGGAGGGGACCUGCCACAUCACCACCGCCAGCCUGGACGGAGAGACCAAUCUGAAGACCCACUUCGCCGUCCCGGAGACGGCUGCGUGCAGGGACGCGUCCCAGCUGGAGGCCCUGAGCGCCGUGGUGGAGUGCCAGCAGCCCGAGGCGGACCUCUACAGGUUUGUCGGACGGAUGAUAGUGAUGCAGCAAGGGGAAGAGAUUGUAAGACCCUUAGGCCCAGAAAAUGUCCUUCUCCGUGGAGCAAGACUGAAAAACACCAAGGAAAUCUUCGGCGUGGCAGUCUACACGGGAAUGGAGUCCAAGAUGGCCCUGAACUACAAGUGCAAGUCUCAGAAACGCUCUGCGGUGGAGAAGUCCAUGAACACGUACCUGCUCAUCUACCUGGGCAUCUUGCUGUUUGAGGCCAUUCUCAGCACCAUCCUGAAGUAUGCCUGGCAAGCGGAGGGCAAGUGGGACGAGCCCUUCUACAACCAGAAGACUGAGCAGGAGAGGAACAGCAGCCAGAUUUUGAAGUUUAUCGCCGAUUUCCUGGCCUUCAUGGUCCUUUACAACUUCAUCAUCCCCAUUUCGCUCUACGUGACCGUGGAGAUGCAGAAGUUCCUGGGCUCCUUCUUCAUCGUUUGGGACCUGGACCUCUACCACAAGGAGAGCGACCAGAACGCCGAGGUCAACACCUCCGACCUCAACGAAGAGCUGGGACAGGUGGAGUACGUGUUCACCGACAAAACCGGCACGCUGACGGAGAACGAGAUGCGUUUCCGCGAGUGCUGCAUCAACGGCGCCAAGUACAUGGAGAUCAACGGCAGGCUCGUCCCCGAGGGAAUGAUGGCCGACUGUCUGGACGGCCCUUUGCCACAGCUGGGACAGGAGGAGGAGCUGUUCCUGAAGGCCGUGGCGCUUUGUCACACGGUGCAGAUCAGCUACGAUCACGUGGACGGGCGCAAGGACCACCUCCCGCACGCCAACGGGGCCUCGUCCCACAUGGAGUACUACGCCUCCUCCCCCGACGAGAAGGCCUUAGUGGAAGCUAUGAAAAGGAUGGGCGUAACCUUCAUGGGAAACAAUGGUGAAAACAUGGAAAUCCGCACUUCGGGCGGAUCAGAGAAGUAUAAACUGCUCCACGUUUUAGAGUUUGAUGCGAACAGAAGAAGGAUGAGUGUGAUUGUGGAAACCCCGUCAGGGGAAAAGGUGCUGUUCACUAAAGGAGCAGAGUCGUCCAUUUUUCCUCACAGCACGGGUGGAGAAAUGGCUAAGACGCGAGUCCACGUCGAUGAGUUUGCAUUGAAAGGCUUGCGCACCCUGGUGGUGGCCUGCAGGCGCUUCAGCGGGCAGGAGUACCAGGAGGUGGAGAAGAGGCUCCACUGGGCCCGCACCGCCCUGCAGCAGCGGGAGGAGAAGCUGGCCGAGGUCUUCGGCUUCAUCGAGAGGGACCUGGAGCUGCUGGGCGCCACCGGCGUGGAGGACAAGCUGCAGGACAAGGUGCAGGAGACCAUCGAGGCCCUGCGCCUGGCGGGGAUCAAGGUGUGGGUGCUGACCGGAGACAAGCACGAAACGGCGGUCAGCGUCAGCCUGUCCUGCGGCCACUUCUACCGCACCAUGAACGUCCUGGAGCUGCUGCAGCAGAAGUCGGACAGCGAGUGCGCCGAGCAGCUGAGGAAGCUGGCCAGGAGGAUCCAGGAGGACCACGUUGUCCAGCACGGGCUGGUGGUUGACGGGGCCAGCCUGUCUCUCGCCCUGAGGCAGCAUGAGAAGCUCUUCAUGGAGGUGUGCAGAAACUGCGCGGCCGUGCUGUGCUGUCGCAUGGCCCCGCUGCAGAAGGCCAAGGUGGUGCGACUGAUUAAAACAUCCCCUGAGAAGCCCAUCACGUUAGCGGUUGGGGAUGGAUCCAACGAUGUCAGUAUGAUCCAAGAAGCUAAUGUCGGUAUCGGUAUCAUGGGCAAAGAGGGAAGACAAGCUGUGAGAAACAGUGAUUAUGCAAUCGCAAGAUUUAAAUUCCUGGCCAAAUUGCUGCUGGUCCACGGUCACGUUUACUACAUCAGAAUAGCAACGCUUGUACAAUAUUUUUUCUACAAGAACGUGUGUUUUAUAACACCCCAGUUUUUAUACCAGUUCUUCUGUCUGUUCUCACAACAAACGCUGUACGACAGCGUGUACCUGACCCUGUACAACAUCUGCUUCACCUCUCUGCCUGUGCUGGUGUACAGCCUCUUUGAGCAGCUGCUCCAUCCGCACACGCUGCAGAGCAAGCCGGCGCUCUACAGAGACAUCAGUAAAAACUCCCUCCUCUCCUUCAGAAGCUUUGUGUACUGGACUCUUCUGGGGUUCUUCCAUGCCUUUGUCUUCUUCUUUGGUUCCUACCUUCUGAUGGGAGAGGACACCACACUAUUGGGCAACGGACAGAUGUUUGGAAACUGGUCGUUCGGCACGCUGGUUUUCACCGUAAUGGUCGUCACCGUCACGCUGAAGCUGGCCCUGGAGACGCACUUCUGGACCUGGAUGAAUCAUUUGGUCACGUGGGGCUCCAUCGCCUUCUUCUUCAUCUUCUCCUUCUUCUACGGAGGAAUCAUCUGGCCCUUCCUCGACACACAGGACAUGUACGGCGUCUUCACCAAGCUGCUGUCCAGCGGCUCGGCCUGGUUCUCCAUCAUCGUCAUCGUCGUCACCUGCCUGUUCCCCGACGUCAUCAAGAAGGUCCUCUACAGACAGCUCAGACCCACCAGCACUCAGAAAUCCCAGAUGCACUCCGACGCGGUUGCCAUAGGCGACGACCUCAUCGCCCUGCAGCCGCUGUCCAGAGCCAGGACUCAGCUGGGGAAGAUUAGAUGGAAGAGUGACAGGUGUCAGUCAGCUCAGAAUGUGACUCUGCUGAAAGCAGGGAUAGAGGGGAAGACCGGCGGCAGCUGCUAGCCUCCCCUCUCCCGGUCAAACUAGGUAGUGCUGCCUGCCAGGUCUGGUGGCUGUGUGCAUGCAAAUAGGUUGGUGUGUGUAGCAGAGUAUGCAGUCAUUAUGGUGUGUUUGUUAGUGCGUAUACGUGUGUAUGUGUGUGCUUGUGUGCAUGUGUGCGUGCGUGUGCUUGUACUUGUUUGUACUUGUUUGUGUGUGUGUAUGUGUAACCUGUUCCCACGCAGCUAAAGCAUGGCACUGUAGAGUGCAGUUGAGCUGUCGUUGGGUGAGCCACCAGAUGAUCCUUGUAUGUUUUCAUCUGCUUCCUGCCUACAUCGUGAUCCAUUUUUACAUGCAGUACUUUAUGUUUAAGGCUCAUUGUUUUCGGUUUUUGUCUGUGUUUAUUUUCAAUAUAAAAAAACAGUGAAAAUCAGUUGGGGGAAAAAUAGCCUUAUACAAAAAUCCAAGUGAAAAUCAGAUAAUAAAAAUCACAAUGCAGAGAUCGGGGUUAAAAUGAGAUUUGAAUUCCAAACAUUGACAACUUCCAUUGCAUAAUCGAUAGCUUGUUUUCACUUUCUCCCCGCUUUCUGUUUCUGGGUGCUUGCUCCAAGCCAUCCUGCUUGGCUAGCUGAAUUGCCACUCAGGGCGCUCAUGUGCAUAGCAGUUGUUGCUAAGCGUCCACCACGGGGUCCGUCAAGCUUUCGUUUCGCAGUCAUUGAGGAUCUUAACUAAAAUAGCCUCAUGUGUAUUAAAAUAAAUAAAAAAUGAGGAAGCAAAUCCAUUUUCCAAUUUUCCAUGGGUAUAGAAUAAAAGUAAAUGGUAUGUUCUAUGAAGUAGUUAGCUAGUCACCCUUCAAUUCACAGACAGUUCUGUCCUGUUAUGACAGUGCUACUGACUUCCACUGACAGCAGAUGAGGCUUCUCUAAUUUAUGCUGAGAGCAAUAACAUUAUGCACAAAUGUUUUCCUUAUUAUUCAUUAUAUCAUUAAUAUAAUUCUGAACAGCAUACUGCAGUCCCUGCUGUCAAAAUCUGGAUGAAAUAACAGAUCUUUGUCUCCAAAAGUGGUCAUUAAUAGCCUGUCGCAUCUCUGCUGGAGGGUUGCUGACAAUUGCCAUCAUUAACUAGCUAACGUCAACGUUAAUAAAACUUUGUUACUUAGAAGUAUAAAAUCAGUUUUUUUCAAGAUUACCAUGAAAUAAUUAAGUGGAUGCACUGUAACGUAUCUUGGAGGUGCUUGAUUAACAAAGGGGUAAUCUGUGUUCAAUCUGAUGAAGUCCAUACAAAUACAAGUAAAUAUAACUGACGGGUCCUCACGGUGGGCUUUCUAUGGAAAAUUGCUUUCCGAAGCGAAAGCUUGACGGAAUUAGCAACAGUAACUAAGGAGAGCGGGAUUUGGGCGGGGCUUGACAAAGGGUUAAUUUUGCCACAAGAGGACACUGUUUCCAAUUUCGCAUGCUUGGAAACAUAAAAUCCGAGCGAAAUCGGUUUUUAAAAUCCUGGUAUUUUUCAGUGAAAAUCGGUUAAAAACCGAAAACAGCGAGCAUUACUUACAUUGCAUGCUUGUUUUUAUUUUCCGCUUGAGAGCCAAGCGUAAGGAUAAUUUCCAGGUUAUGCUGUUGGUUGAAGGUGGCUGUGCUUUUCAGCUGUAUAGUCAAACAAGAAUUAGCCUUAUAUUCUUGCAUUUAGAUCAAUAUCUAUUUGUAGGUCACCAGCAGUCCAUUGUUUAUCACCUGAUUAGUGGGAACAUAGUAUGCGUUUAAGCACUUCAGGAAGUGUGCUCCACACUGAAAGCCUGGCAUUGUGUUUGAAUGCAUGUGGAACACCAGUUUGCAGAAGAAGGUGAUGAUGAUGCUCAUCAUAUACUACAGAAGCAGUUGUCCUGGUGGUGUGAGAGGAGAUCCAACUGUCAAGGAUGAAGACUCUUUCCUCAGAUGGAAAAAUGAUCUUGCUGAAACAGAAUAUUUUUUUAAACUGUUAGAGAGCUGUCUGUUCCAGUCCAUACUCCAGGUACAGAGGACAGCUGCAGAAUGCCGUAGAGAGGUUGAGACGUCACAGAGAGUUGAGACUCCUCAAUAGCAGCGCAGAUGCAAAAGCUCUCUCCUUAUUCUGACACGCCUCAUCUGGAGCGGCUCUCCAGUGAGUGCCUCUUGACGGCUCGAGAAAAUAUAUUCGCUCUUGCCGGAAAUAAAAAUGAUGGACGGUUCGACGCUAUAGCCCCGUCUGUCAUCCUUGAAUAACUGGGACGUGUCGUGUUUCCGUCAGUUGUUCCCCUAGUCGGUACGACUCGGAUAGAGCUGAGACGUCGCUCACUGGGGAACAUCUAUCACGGUAAUCUUAUUGAUUUCCUUAGAGAAUCGCCGCACCCACCCGCCGCAUCGUAAACAAACACAGCCCGGUGUCACAUGGGCUUUGGAGUCCUGCUUGCAGAGGGGACAGUCUUUGAAGCGCCACGGCGUUGAAUCUGCGCAGAAUCCUUUUUCAAACGCGGGACUUCAGUGAAGUUAAAUGCGAAAGGCUAGUGGGAUUGCAAGACAGUGGUCAGCCUGGAAAAGGGAAAGUUGUCAAACCAGAAUAGUUUCGUAUAAAAAUGUGAGGUAGAAUGUCCGUUUGAUUUGAGAAACCAGCUUAUCGCCUUUUUAACUAGUUUGACUUUUACUCACAGGACAGGGGCUGAGAUGCAUCUUGGGAUAUUGUUUCGG